AUGUGUGUGGCGGGUAAAGCGUUCGAAAUGGAGUGCUCAAUGGGUCUUGCCUUCAACCCAGAGACUGGCCGCUGCGACUGGCCUGAUCUUGUAGCUAGCUGCAACGCUGACGAAUUUCUUGGCUUCAAAUGUCCUCCUGCAACUUACGAUGAAUUUGGCAAGGCUUACGUAGUCAAUUUCAGCAUCGCUGGUAGCUGCCACUACUUCUUCUCUUGUAUGGAGAAUGUAGCGCGGCUGUUGCUCUGUGACUCCGGCUUUCUGUUCGACUCUACUGUUAACCGCUGCGUGGACGCUACUCGUGUCGAGUGCCAUGAAGGACGUUGA